ACGAUUCUACUAUACUGCUUCCGGUGCACCGUAUUCACUCGUUUCACGGCAGCACUAAUCGCUGCUUUCCCGGCUCCGGCUGUGCAGCUGGGAUGUCUGCCGUACACGGUCCCCUCCUGGUUUCGGUGUAAAAAAAAUAAGAAUAAGCUAAAAAAAAGUCUAAUAAUAGAGAAACUGAGAGAGUGUGUGUAGUGCAGACAUGGCCUUUGAGAGCCUGUUCUCCAGACCCCCCAACUCUGCCCUACUAGACACCCACAUGACAGAGUGUCAGCAUGCAGGGGACGAAAGAAAGGAGGGAGAGCUGGAGGAUGGUGAAAUAGAGGAUGGAGGAUUUGAAGAGGAGCCUGAGCCAGAAGAAGCAAAGGAAGAGACCAAGGAAGAAGAGAAACCCAUUAUUGAGAAAUCACACAAGAAGUCAAGAAAACGCAAGAGAGAGAAGAAGAAACGCAGGCGUAGAGAGAAGCACAAGCAUAGUGACAACAGCUCAGAUAACAGCUAUGAUUCUGAUGCUGAGCUUUCAGAGAGGCCUCACAAACCUCCCAUGUACAGAGACUACGAUUCCCAUUAUACGCAGCAUGGCCACGGACCAGGGAAUUACAUGGGAUCCCACAAAAAAAAUUCCUCCAAUUAUGAUGACUACACAAAUUACAGUGAUGGGAACUAUAAUGAGGAAGACGAGGAGGACUAUGCAGAACAGCUGAAACACUACAGACAAUCAAAGGAAGGAUCGAACAUGGGAGAACCCCCUUAUAAAAAGAUGGGCAUGAAAGGGGGAGAUCUAGGAUCUGAGCAGCAACAAAAAGGUUAUUACUAUGGUCGGGGGGGUGGUCCACAUAAGAAGAUGAUGAUGCGUAAGGAUAGAGGUCGAGGCAGAGGAUCACAUAAAGGAUCCUAUUAUCAAGAUGGCUUCCAAGAGGAUCAUAAACCCAUGAAGAAAUGGGUGACCAUGAGUCAGGAGUUCAUUAAUCAGCACACAGUGGAACGUAAUGGAAAACAGAUCUGCAAGUAUUUCCUGGAGCGACGGUGUGUUAAGGGAGAGCAGUGUAAGUUUGAUCAUGAUGCAGAGAUAGAAAAGAAGAAAGAAAUCUGUAAGUUUUAUAUACAAGGAUACUGCACCAGAGGAGAGAACUGCAUUUAUAUGCAUAGUGAAUUUCCUUGCAAAUUUUACCAUACUGGAGCAAAAUGCUACCAAGGAGACAACUGCAAAUUUUCUCAUGAGAAUCUUAAUGAUGACACCAGAGACUUACUGAACAAGGUAUUAAACACAGAAGAGGAACAACAGCUGGAGGAGGAGGAGGAGGAGGAGGAGGAAGAAGCAGAGGAGGUGCCACGACAUGGAGGGAAGUUUUACAACCUGCCAUAUAUGCCGUUUACUGGAAAUCACCCAUCAAUGUACAACUCAGAGCCCCUCCUAGAUCCAGGGCCUAUGACACCACCACCACCACCACCACCACCACCGGCUAUGCCAAUGUAUGGCAACCAUGGAAUGAAUGUGCCAUUUAACCAGCCUCCAGCACAAGGCCAUGGUCAAAACCACCAAAGGGAUGGCAGCAGUACUCCUGGUCCCCCUUUUCUCCAAAUUGUGGAAGAGAAGAUGCAUGGCAUGCCACCACAAAACAGCUAUCAGCACUCACAGAAUGCUCCUGGAUACUAUGACAACUACUACUCCCAGCAGGCUGUUCACCACGUGCAGUCUACAAACAUAUCAGAAUCUAUGUGCAAAGUUUUGUUCUCAAGAAUUGGUAAAAACAUGGAUGGUGCAGAAACCAGCCAGCCUGCUCCCCCGCAAAGAACAGUGAGCAGAGAAGAAGAUGAGUUUGCAAACUGGUACAGCAGUGAAGAAGAGGAUGGCAGCGGUGUGAGUUCAAUCUUGAAAACGUUAAGAAACCAAGCUAAAUUGGCACGGGCUAAUUCCACAGAACAAAAGCCGAUUCCUCAAAUUAAUGACCCGAGACUGUCAAAAGACAGGGUGGUGGCAGGGCAAGGGCAAAUAUUUGACCCUCGAGUAAGACCAUCUCAGGGACAAAGUCCAGGCCACCAAGGAGAUAAUGUGUCUGCUGAUCCAAGAGUGGCUCGUGACCCCAGAAAAAUGAAAUCUCGGAGUGAGACCUCUGCUGCCACUCAACCUGUUCAUCCUGGGGGAAUUGCCAAGCAGCAGAAAGUGGUAGAUGAAGAUGAUGAGGAUGCUGAAAGGGAAUUAAGAGAUAAGGCGGUUAUAAUUCCAUUAGAAAUGUUACCAGGUGUGACUCUGAGGGACCCACGACGUAAACUGCGGCAGUUUAGUCACAUUAAAAUGGACAUUAUACUAUCCAAACCCAACUUUGCCAAACUAAUUGUCUGGGCACCAGAAGAUUUGCUUCCUGUACCCCCUCCAAAACCUGACCCUGUGUCCUCUAUAAAUUUGCCAUUACCUCCACUUAUAGCCGAUCAGAGACUUAACAAGUCAAGGAGUCUGAGUGAAGUACAACUUUCUGGCCCUGAUCCAAGGUUGGAAAGGUUGGAUCCAAGACUGGAAUCAAAAACAAAACAAGUAAAUAUUGUAGCCAGAAGUAGCUUUACAGAUCCACCCGAUUCACACUUACUUAACAAGCCAAGUGAUCCUCGGCUGCAGAAAAGCCUCCAGCCAAGAUUUAACCGGUCUUCAAGUUGCGAUACCCCAUCUGCAGUGAUAAAAGAUACAGUUCCUCAAAAAGCUGACCCCCGCUUGGCAGCCAGGUCAGCUAUGGGGUCAUCACCAACAUCUGUUAAACCGUCUCAAGAUAUUCUUCCACCAUACACUCCCAAAUUGUCCCCAUCCAGUAAUAGACUAGGGUCACCAGGGUCAAUACUGAAGAAUAUCAGUUUGUACAGCCCCCGUGACAGUGCUGCAACUUCUUCAGAGCCUUUGUCAGCUGAGACAGGCGAUAAUGAAGACCAUCAGAAGAAGCCAGCCAGUGUGAACAGGCCAUCUCUUGAGGCUGAAGCAGUGGACAGUGUGCAGCAAUCUGUGAGUUCCACAGGAGGACUGCCAUUAGAUAAAGAUACUCAGAGUUCUGCAGAUAUUGAGAGCAAACCUGAGAACCCUGAUGAAAAACUAGCAACAGCAAAUCAACCUGCAGCGACACAGUCAACCACUGCACCAGCAGUUCAUAUCCUGCCAAUCCAGGCCUUGUCAGGACUUAUCAGGCCUCAGUACAAUGAUCCAAGGCAAAUCAAGUCAACAGGACCUGCCAGUCAGGUAUCAGAUGCUAACACUGAUGCUAACACUGAUGCUGAAGCAGAUGACAAGCCCCUAAAAGAUGUUUUCAAAACCUUUGACCCCACAGCUUCUCCAUUUUGCUAACUGCUACCUAUACUGGAGGAGUCAUAUUGUACAUAGUUCUUUCCCACCCUCACUGGUUUGUAGCUGGCUUUAUUCCACACCCCUAUUUAUUUGUAAAUUAUGACCGCAUAUCUGAUCGGCUUCUGAUUCAUUUCAAUGCGGACAUAAGCUGCGCCAAGUGCAUUUCCUGUGGUGUUGUAUUUCAAACUCUCUUGUAAUGAUAAAUCUUGUGAUAAUGAUAAUAGUCCUUACAAAAUAGGCUUCAGUAAAGCACUUUCACUGUACAUAGGACAUAAUAUGCAAAUGACAUGUACAAACUAUCAACACAUUUGUAUGUCUGUAUGGUAUAAAGCAAUAUAAUGUAAAUUAACUAUACUGACUUUUAAGAGUAAAAAAAAAAUGUACAGGUCAGUACCAUGAUAUCAAACAUGUAAGUACAUGAGACAGGGAGAAAUUAGCACAACUGUAUACUAAACACUGCCAUGUGCCAUUUGGUGUGACCUACUUACAAAUAUGAUACAAAAGUGCUUUUGUAGACCACAAAUCUUCAUGCCGCUUGAUGUGUAUGUACCGCCUGCUUUCAGUAAAAUCAGUGUUAAGGAACAUCCUCAGCGCAUUCUACAGUUCAGUGCAGGGUCUCUCUCUAUUAGGGCUAAGCUUCGAGG